UAACCAACAUAACAAAACUGCGAAAAUUGAUAGAAGAAAUUGAAAAUCAGAGAGAGACAGCUCGUCGUCGAUGAAGAAGGAAGACGAAUCCGACGUGAAGGAGGCGGAGAUCGUAGCCGCCGAUUCUGACGGCGUGGUGGCGCCGCCAAAGCCGGCGCCGACGAGGCAUCCGCUGGAGAAUUCGUGGACGUUUUGGUUCGAUAAUCCCUCCGCCAAAUCGAGACAAGCUGCGUGGGGAUGCUCGAUUCGUCCGGUUUACACCUUCUCCUCCGUCGAGGAUUUCUGGCGACUUUACAACAACAUACAUCAUCCAAGCAAGCUAGCAGUUGGAGCAGACUUUCAUUGUUUCAAAGAGAAAAUAGAGCCAAAAUGGGAAGACCCAAUCUGUGCAAAUGGUGGCAAGUGGACUGUUAGUUUCUCUAGGGGAAAAUCUGAUACUUCUUGGCUCUACACAUUGUUGGCAUUGAUUGGAGAGCAAUUUGAUAAUGGUGAUGAGAUAUGUGGAGCUGUUGUAAAUGUGAGAGCUAGGCAGGAUAAGAUAGCUUUAUGGACCAAGAAUGCUGCCAACGAAGCUGCUCAGUUGUGCAUAGGAAGACAAUGGAAGGAGUUCUUGGACUACAAUGAACAAAUCGGUUUCAUAUUCCAUGCUGAUGCUAAGAGGCUCGACAGAGGUGCCAAAAAUCGAUAUACGAUCUAAGGUCACUCUUCCAUUGGAUCGACUCUUUGAGUUCAUUACUUGGAUUUUCUUCUGAACUGCAACGAAUAAUUUUCAAUCUUCUGCACGCGAUAACAGAAUAGAAGAUGAAAACCAGCCAAAUGGUAGAUUAAUAAGAAAAAGAGUUCUUCAGGUUGGGUUUUGGCAUGUACAGAGAUCCAUGAGAAUUUUUGUUUCAAUGUGAGCAUACAAACUUAUCAAUUAUCCGACACAA